GUCGUCGUCGUCGUCGGAAUUAUUAAGGGUUUCCACAGAGAGAGAGAGAGAGAGAGAGAGAGAUGGAGGGUGAGUUGAUGGAGGCAGAUAUAGUGGUGCCGUCGCGUUUGAGCUUCAAGAAGAUUCAGGCAUACGAAAAGUACCCAAAAGGACAAUCAAGCAGCAGAAGGUGGAAACAUCUCAAGCAGAUUCUUCAAGCUGAGAAUUUUCAAGAUCUUCCUCCCGACCUCCCCACUUAUGUUAACAUUGAAUCGCCUCCAUCCACCCAACCAUGCAAGAGAAUUUGCGAUAUUACUGGAUAUGAGGCACCGUAUGUGGACCCUAGAACAAACCUCCGCUAUGCUAAUGCUCAUGUCUUCAAGGCUCUGAGGUCACUUUCUUCCGACCAAGUCCACCACUAUCUCUCCAUUCGCAAUGCUGCUGUUGUUCUCAAGUAGCUCCAUUUCCUCACAAUCUCUCAUCAUCUUAUUAUUCUUACUUGUAAACCAACAAUUAUGGUCUGAUUUGCUGGGACAUGUAUGAUUGGAUUCCCUUGACGUGAGAGAUACUAGAA